AUGGUUGUUGGCAAGUUGAUUGAUUGGUUGGGUCGGUUAUUUGAUUGGUUCUUUGGCCGGUUGGAUGGCUGGUUAACUGGUAAGUUGGUGGUUUGGUUGGUUGGUUUAAUUGGUUUGGAGGCUGUUGAUUGUUUGGAUGUUUGGUUGCUCGGUUUGGUGGUUUGUUGGUUGGUUUGUUGGUUUAAAUUAUUUGUAGGCUGGUUGAUUGGUAGAUCUAUAGUUUGGUUGGUUAAUGGUUGGUGGUUUGAUGUGUUGGUUGGUUGCUUUAUUGGUUUGUUUGUUUGUUUGUUGGUUGGUUUGUUGGUUGGUUAUUUUGUUGGUGGAUUGGUGGCUUGUUGUUUGGUUGGUUUGUUAGUUUGUUUUGUUGAAAGCUUGGGAAGGAAAGUUGUCGUUGAAACACAAAUCAAGAGAAAGACUGAAUGUCCGAACACAAUGUCCAAUGAAGAUAAAAGAGAAGAAAGUAGAAGAAAGAAUGAAAAAAAAGAAGAAACAUUGAUGCUGACAACACAAAACCAGAAGAAGGAUGAAUGGUCAAAGCAUUGA